AUGCUAGCCUUGCAAGGUUCUCAAACCGUCCGUUUGGCUUCGGUGGCUCCGUGUCUUCGGGGUGCAGCCCGCUUAGCCCCGCGUCUGGCAUCUGGUCGGAGCGCGUCGACCUUCGUAAAGUUCGACAGAGAAGAUCCCCUGAACCUCGAAUCGCUUUUAACGGAGGAGGAGGUAGCUAUCCGCGACACUGCUCGCGAAUAUUGUCAGGAGAAACUCUUACCCCGUGUAUUGCACCAAUGGAGGACCGAAGAAUGGGACGGUGAUAUCCUGAAGGAAAUGGGUAGCUUGGGCCUCCUCGGACCCACCAUCUCUGGAUACGGGUGCGCCGGAACCAGUUACGUUGCAUAUGGCCUUAUUGCUCGAGAGGUUGAACGCAUUGACUCUGGCUACCGAUCUACCGCUUCCGUGCAAUCCUCGCUGGUCAUGCAUCCUAUCAACGAGUUUGGUACGGAUGCACAGAAGGAAAAAUACCUUCCUCGCCUAGCGAAGGGCGAGAUCGUUGGUGCCUUUGGAUUGACUGAGCCAAACCAUGGAUCAGACCCCGCGGGCAUGGAAACGGUCGCAGAAGAAGUCGAUGGCGGUUUUAUCAUCAAUGGAAGCAAGACAUGGAUAACAAAUGCUCCUGCUGCCGACGUAUUCGUUAUCUGGGCUCGCUGCAAGUGGGAUAACAAAGUCCGUGGCUUCUUGCUCGACAAGGGCCUCAAAGGACUUUCUGCACCCGCUAUCAAGAACAAGGUUGCACUUCGUGUGUCUUUGACGGGUUCCAUCUUCAUGGACAACGUCCGAGUCGCGCAAGAUGCUCUACUCCCAAAGUCCAAAGGCCUUGGUUCCGCAUUCUCAUGCUUAAACUCUGCACGCUUCGGUAUUUCUUGGGGCGUUAUGGGCUCCCUAGAAGACUGCAUUGAUCGAACCCGUGCCUAUGCUUUGGAGCGUCACCAAUUCAAGCGACCUCUUGCUUCUUUCCAGCUGGUCCAGAAGAAACUUGUCGACGCGCAAACUGAAGUUUCACUGGGAUUGCUAGCUAGUCUCCAGGUCGGCCGUUUGAAGGAUGCCGGAAAGCUCGCCCCUGAGAUGAUCAGUAUGGUAAAGAGGAACAACUGUGGAAAAGCGCUGCAACACUCUCGUGUGGUUCUGGAUAUCUUGGGUGGUAAUGCGGCAUCUGAUGAGUACCACGUUGGGCGACAUGUCGCCAAUCUCCAAGUAACUAACACUUACGAGGGGACUAACGACAUUCACGCUCUCAUCUUGGGGAAGGCCAUGACUGACAUCCAAGCGUUCGCGAACUAA